UCCCCGCCAUUGUGCCUGGGAGCGCGGCGCGCGCGCCGUGCCGCGUGACGCCCGGGGAAGCGCGUGUGGGCGCGAGGCGGCGGCGCCUAGGCCGGAGACGCUGGGCCGGAAGGAAAGGCGAGAAGGGGGGGUGGCGGCUGGCUAGAGCGUCACCCCAGCCAGGCAGCCGCCGCCGCCGCCGCGGGCGAGUCGGAGUCCGCCAGGCAGCCGCGCCGCGCCCGGACAAAGCCGCCGCCGCCCCGCCCGCCGCGGAGCCAUGUCGGCCAGCAGCCUCCUGGAGCAGAGACCCAAGGGCCAAGGCAACAAAGUGCAAAACGGAUCUGUGCACCAGAAGGAUGGGUUGAAUGAUGAUGACUUUGAACCCUACCUGAGUCCCCAGGCCCGGCCGAAUAAUGCAUACACUGCAAUGUCUGAUUCCUACUUACCGAACUAUUACAGUCCCUCCAUCGGAUUCUCCUACUCCUUAGGCGAGGCUGCCUGGUCUACAGGAGGUGACCCCCCCAUGCCCUACCUGACCUCUUACGGACAGCUGAGCAACGGGGAGCCGCAUUUCCUCCCAGACGCCAUGUUCGGGCAGCCAGGGGCCCUGGGCAGCACCCCGUUCCUCGGGCAGCACGGCUUUAACUUCUUCCCAAGCGGGAUUGACUUUUCAGCUUGGGGGAAUAACAGUUCUCAGGGACAAUCCACUCAAAGCUCUGGCUAUAGCAGCAAUUACGCCUAUGCCCCGAGCUCGCUGGGUGGAGCGAUGAUCGACGGGCAAUCCGCCUUUGCUAAUGAGACUCUGAACAAGGCUCCUGGCAUGAACACCAUCGACCAAGGGAUGGCUGCUCUGAAACUGGGCAGCACCGACGUUGUGAGCAGCGUCCCCAAAGUCGUGGGUUCGGCUGUGGGUAGCGGAUCCAUUACCAGUAACAUCGUGGCAUCCAACAGUUUGCCUCCGGCCACGAUCGUUCCUCCCAAGCCGACCUCCUGGGCUGACAUCGCCAGCAAACCAGCCAAACAGCAGCCCAAGCUGAAGACCAAGAACGGCAUCGCGGGCUCAAGUCUUCCACCGCCUCCCAUCAAACACAACAUGGAUAUUGGAACUUGGGAUAACAAAGGGCCGGUGGCAAAAGCCCCGGCUCAGGCUUUAGUUCAGAAUAUCGGCCAGCAGCCGGCCCAGGUGUCCCUGCAGCCCGUGGGGCAGCAGAUCAACCCCAGUCCACCGGUGGCACAGGCUUCGAGCGGGCAGCAGCCGCUGCCGCCGCCACCCCCAGCGCAGCUGCCGGUGCCGCAGCCCGCGGCUCAGCCCGCCCGCUGGGUCGCCCCUCGGAACCGCGGCAGCGGGUUCAGCCAAAACGGCGCGGACGGGAACGGAGUGGGACAGUCUCAGGCCAGUUCUGGUGCUGCUCCUUCGGAGCCGCACCCGGUCUUGGAGAAGCUGAGAUCCAUCAACAACUACAACCCCAAGGAUUUUGACUGGAACCCAAAACACGGCCGGGUUUUCAUCAUUAAGAGUUACUCUGAGGACGAUAUCCACCGUUCCAUUAAAUAUAACAUCUGGUGCAGUACAGAGCACGGCAACAAGAGACUGGAUGCUGCCUAUCGCUCCACGAACGGGAAGGGCCCCGUUUACUUACUGUUCAGUGUCAACGGUAGCGGUCACUUCUGCGGAGUAGCAGAAAUGAAAUCUGCUGUGGACUAUAACACGUGUGCGGGUGUGUGGUCCCAGGACAAGUGGAAGGGACGUUUUGAUGUCAGGUGGAUUUUUGUGAAGGACGUUCCCAACAGCCAGCUGCGGCACAUCCGCCUAGAGAACAACGAGAAUAAACCAGUGACCAACUCCAGGGACACUCAGGAGGUGCCUCUGGAAAAGGCUAAGCAGGUGUUGAAAAUCAUUGCCACCUACAAGCACACCACCUCCAUCUUCGAUGACUUCUCACACUACGAGAAACGCCAAGAGGAGGAGGAAAAUGUUAAAAAGGAGCGCCAAGGCCGUGUCAAGUAGAGGCGGCUCCUCGCCGAGGCCGCGGCUGCGCCCGCUCCGGCCGUCCCCGUGGAGAGAGGAGCAGCCAGAGGGAAUCCCAGAGAGAAUAAGGACUUUUGUUUUCUUAAUUUCAUUGACUUCAAAAAGACUCUGACAAACUCGCAGUUAAAACAAUAUUGGAAUUUCACAAGGCAUAGGACUUAAAAAAACAAAAAACUACAAAAAAAAUCCCUUCUAGGUAGAGUAUAGUGAUAACUGUCCCCGUUUUUGGCUUUGGUUGUGAUUUCAGAGCAUACGCUUUUGUUUUUUGUCUUUUUACGAUGUUUUUUUUGGAUUUUCAGGUCCCUAAGUGGCACAUUGCCUUGGUUUUUCUCUUAAUUUUGAAGCCCCGCCGCUUCCCGUCCUUCGCCCCCGCGCCUCCUCCCCAGGUUUGACAUUGCACUUGGAACACUGAGCUGUAACACCCGCCAUGGAAUCGGAGUCACUUCGGUUGGGGUUUUCUUCCCCUCCCUGGCCUGGAAAAGGAGGAAAUUGUAUGAAAAAGUUGAGGUUUUGGCCUAAGGAUUGAGCAGAAAUUGCCCACGAGGUUGUGUCCUAAGGGUGGUUCAUUUUUCUCUGACCCUUUGUUACUCAAAAGUCAAGUACUAGGAGUCCUAAGAAAUGUUCUGUUCUUGUGCAUUAUACGGAUUUACAGAUGAAGUCUGGAUUAAUUUGAUUUUUUGGAAGCUGAGAACAGCGGUAAAAGUCGUUUUGUUUACAGGAGAAUGAAUUCUGGACAAAAAAAAAGAGGAAGAAAUAUUGUAAAAUGUGUAGUGAAUGUUUCUUCAGUUCUUGUUAAGCCAAUGAGGAAUGGGCGUUGCCUUUCUUUUCACCAUUAAUCACUUCUCAAUAAUAAAUGUGAGAUCCUGUUGAGCAUCA